AUGCGCAUCCCCUCCUUCCCCUCGACCAGGUCUCUGGAGAACAUCCACGUCGACAUCAACGCCCAGCUUCUUGUUGUCGUCGCUGCGUCCCUCGUCCUCCUCGUCCUUUUCCGAGCGGUCUCCAGCAUACCCCGCUGGCUUCGACUCUCAUCCAAGUCGUCGCUGCAGGUCUCGUCUCGAGACAACGAGAAGGCUUCCUCAGGCUCAGAAAAGCAGAGCAGGGAACCCAGCGCCAAGGGUUUCAAGUCGUGGAGGUGGUCUAGUGGUUUUGGUUUUGGACUCGAACUCGAGAGCUUCCCCAUCGCACUCAACUCGACCCACAAACUGGGUUGGACGCCGCCAGUGUUGGGCUCGGGCGCCGGGGUACUCAACUCCAAGUUGUUUGCUGCGAUGCCAACGGAAAACUCUCCCACGGCCGGCCACAGCCAACCUGCGCACCUCAUCCAGCCAAAGCUGGCGAAGAACUGGUUCAAGCAGCAUGGGAAGAACCUGCGUGUUCAGACCGAGUCUGCGUCUGCAGCCUCGCGGAGAACGCAGAACGCCUUCGAGACUCCACUGCCUGCAGUUUAUCAGUCGGUGAAGCCAGUGUCCAUGGCAAAGAUGAUCAUGUCACGCCAUGUUGACUUAUCGUCGUCCAACCGCGGGCUCGCCUCGCCGUACACCGCUAUUGCCAUCUUCUAG